AUGCCACCAAAUUUCUAUAGACUCUGCUUCUUCUUCUCGUUCCUACUCUGUUUCUGCUCUAUCCCCUGUUUCUCUCUAAACGAACAAGGUCAAGCUCUCUUCUCAUGGAAGUCCCAAUUGAAAAUCUCCGGCGUCGCUCUCGCCUCCUGGAACGUCGCCGCAGAGUCUCCCUGCAAUUGGGUCGGCGUAAAAUGUAACCAGAAAGGAGAAGUUUCAGAGAUACAACUCAAAGGCAUGGACUUGCAAGGUUUGCCGCCGGUGACGAUUCUCCGGAACCUCAAGUCCCUUACUUCCCUCACUUUAUCAUCACUCAAUCUCACCGGAGGCAUCCCCAAGGAGAUUGGAGACUUCCCGGAGCUCAAAGCACUCGAUUUAUCGGAUAAUUCUCUCUCCGGCGAAAUCCCAGUAGAAAUCUUCAGGCUCAAGAAACUCCAGACUCUGUCUCUGAACACGAACAAUCUCGAAGGUGUGAUUCCGUCGGAGAUUAGCAAUCUCACGGGACUCGUUGAGCUCAUGCUCUUCGACAACAAGCUAUCCGGAGAGAUUCCGAGGAGUAUCGGAGAGCUCAAGAAUCUAGAAAUCUUCCGUGCCGGUGGGAACAAGAAUCUAAGAGGUGAGGUUCCUUGGGAGAUAGGCAACUGCGAGAAUCUACUAAUGCUUGGUCUCGCCGAGACUAGUCUCUCCGGCAGACUCCCGGCGUCGAUCGGAAACCUGAAACGCGUCCAGACGAUAGCUAUAUAUACGUCACUGUUGUCUGGUCCGAUUCCGGAUGAGAUCGGAUCCUGCACGGAGCUCCAAAAUCUCUACUUGUACCAGAAUUCGAUCCCCGGAUCAAUCCCUACAACCAUCGGAGGUCUAAAGAAGCUUCAGAGCUUACUCUUAUGGGAGAACAAUCUCGUCGGAAAAAUCCCUACCGAGCUAGGGAACUGCCCGGAGCUCUGGCUUAUCGAUUUGUCUGAGAAUCUCCUCACCGGAAACAUCCCGAGGAGCUUCGGAAACCUUAAGAAUCUUCAGGAGCUUCAGCUGAGCGUAAACCAGAUCUCUGGAACGAUCCCUGAAGAGCUAGCGAACUGUACGAAGCUCACGCAUUUAGAGAUCGACAAUAACCUUAUCACCGGCGAGAUUCCGUCGUUGAUGGGUAAUCUGAAAAGCUUAACGAUGUUCUUCGCGUGGCAGAACAAGUUAACCGGAAACAUCCCCGGAACUCUCUCGCGGUGUGGAGAGCUUCAAGCCAUCGAUCUCUCUUAUAACAGUCUCUCUGGUUCGAUUCCAAAAGAGAUCUUUGGGUUACGAAACUUAACGAAGCUUCUUCUUCUCUACAAUGAUUUGUCUGGCUUCAUUCCGUCGGAUAUCGGAAACUGUACGAAUCUCUACCGGUUGAGACUCAACGGAAACAGACUCGCUGGGAGUAUUCCGGCGGAAAUUGGGAACCUGAAAAACCUCAACUUUAUUGAUUUGAGUGAAAACCGUCUCGUCGGGGCUAUCUCUCCGGCGAUUUCUGGUUGUGAAAGCCUCGAGUUCCUUGAUUUUCACUCGAAUAGUCUCUCCGGUUCGUUGCUCGGUACGUUCCCGAAAAACUUGAAGUUCAUCGAUUUCUCUGAUAAUGCUCUCUCGGGUCGUCUGCCUCCGGGAAUCGGGUUGUUGACCGAACUUACGAAGCUCAAUCUCGCGAAGAAUCGAUUCUCCGGCGAAAUCCCUAGAGAAAUCUCCACCUGUCGGAGUCUACAGCUCCUCAAUCUCGGCGACAAUGCCUUCUCCGGAGAAAUCCCAGAGGGAUUGGGUCGAAUCUCGUCUCUAGCAAUUUCUCUUAACCUCAGCUGCAAUGGGUUCGUCGGAGAAAUCCCGUCGAGAUUCUCCGAUUUGAGAAACCUCGGGGUGCUCGACAUCUCUCACAACCGGCUCGCAGGAAGCUUAAUCGUCUUGUCAGAUUUGCAGAACCUCGUCUCCCUCAACGUCUCCUUCAACGAUUUCUCCGGCGAAUUACCCAACACGCCUUUCUUCCGGAGACUCCCACUCUCCGAUCUCGCCUCAAACAAAGGGCUUUACGUAUCUAACGGAAUCUCGACCCGACCCGACGGGUUAGGAUCCUCCACCCGAAACACUUCCGCUGUUAAAUUAGGCAUUGCGAUCCUCGUCGCCGUCACCGCGGUCCUUGUUCUCCUUGCCGUUUACACUCUGGUCCGGGCACGGGUCGCCGAGAAACAACUCAUCGAGGAAGAAAUUGAUUCCUGGGAAGUGACGCUUUACCAAAAACUCGAAUUCUCCAUCGACGACAUUGUUAAGAAUCUGACAUCGGCAAACGUGAUCGGAACCGGAAGCUCCGGGGUGGUUUACCGUAUAACGAUUCCGUCCGGCGAGACUCUCGCGGUGAAGAAGAUGUGGUCGAAGGAACAGAGCGGUGCGUUUAACUCCGAGAUCAACACACUAGGAUCGAUUCGUCACAGGAACAUCGUGCGUCUUCUGGGUUGGUGCUCGAAUCGGAAUCUGAAACUCCUGUUCUACGACUAUCUCCCCAACGGAAGCCUGAGCUCUCGGCUUCACGGCGCCGGGAAAGGAGGAAGAGUUGAUUGGGAGGCUCGAUACGACGUCGUUCUCGGUGUGGCCCAUGCACUUGCUUAUCUCCACCACGAUUGUCUCCCCGCAAUUAUACACGGUGACGUUAAAGCUAUGAAUGUCUUAUUGGGCCCCCAAUUCGAGCCCUACUUAGCUGAUUUCGGUUUAGCUAGAACCGUCUCCGGCAAUCCGAAUACCGGAACUGAUUUAAAGCGGCCUCCUUUAGCCGGUUCUUAUGGUUACAUGGCUCCGGAACAUGCUUCCAUGCAACGUAUAACAGAGAAGAGCGAUGUUUAUAGUUAUGGAGUGGUGUUAUUAGAGGUUUUAACCGGAAAGCAUCCGUUGGAUCCGGAUCUACUCGGAGGUGCACAUUUGGUAAAGUGGGUGAGGGAUCAUUUGGCCGAGAAAAAAGAUCCGAGCAAGCUUCUUGACCCGAGACUCGAUGGACGGACCGACUUGAUUAUGCAUGAGAUGCUUCAAACACUUGCGGUGGCGUUCCUAUGUGUGAGCAACAAGGCAAGUGAAAGGCCUAUGAUGAAAGAUGUUGUGGCCAUGCUCACAGAGAUAAGGCAGGCUGAUGUUGGACGAUCGGAGACUGAUAAGGUUAAAAGUGGUGGUGGUUGUGGAAGCAAAGAGCCACAACUGAUGUCGCAUGAGAAAAUCAUUUCUCAUGGUUCGUCUAACUGUUCAUUUGCGUUUUCGGAUGAUUCCGUUUAA